GGUGGAAUUUACAGUAGGAGACAAACCCAUUAACAACUUCCGCAUGAUUGAGAGGCACUACUUCCGCGAUCAGCUGCUGAAGAGCUUUGAUUUUGAAUUUGGGUUCUGCAUCCCCAGCAGUAAAAAUACCUGUGAGCACAUCUACGAAUUCCCCCAGCUCUCUGAGGAUCUCAUUCGAGAGAUGAUCCUUCAUCCAUACGAGACUCAGUCGGACAGUUUCUACUUUGUAGACAACAAGCUGGUGAUGCACAACAAGGCAGAUUAUUCAUACAGUGGAGGACCUUGA